AUCCCAAAUGCUGAAACGCAGCGUUGCAAUCGGCUUCACCAUCGCUCAAAAAUCUCCCCACUCUCUCGCAGUAGUUCUAGCGUAGGCGAAGGAGCAACAGCGCUUUGUUUCCUGAAAAUUAUAGCUCAGAGACAAAUACCCUUUACUUCUCUGACGUCCAUCUCGUCUCCAUUGCCUUUCUCUCACUUUUUUUUUCUCCAAUCCACUGAUAUUAUUCAACACCCAUUUCUUGAACUAAAAGCUCAAAGUGCCACUCUGUUUAGAUCCAACCCAGUUGUGAUGCUUUGAUUCUUGACCAAAAACUAGCAAAACCCACUGUUGUUGUUCUUAGAGGAUAACAAGUGAUAUAGCUUUUUGAGAAUGGGAGUUUUGAUUGAGUCCUGGUGCUUUUGCAAAGGAGUGGGCAAGUCGGAGAGAAUGAAGGCCGCCAUUUUCUCCAGUAAGGGCCCCGCUAUGGCCACAAUCUCCUGCUCCAGCAAUGGAGCAUUCGGCACCGGAUUCCUGAUCCACCGGAAUCUCCUCUUGACUACUCAUGUUAAUAUUCCUUCUGUUGCUGCUGGUGAGAGUUCGGAGAUCCGGCUCCAAAAUGGCGUCGCUGCUAGCCUCGUCCCUCACAGGUUUUUCAUAACCAGUUCUGUUCUGGAUCUUACAAUAGUGGGUUUAGACGACAUGGAUGGAGACUCCAGUGCCCAAGGUCAACAGCCUCACUACUUGAAGACAUGUUCAAAGCCAAAUCUGGAUCUGGGCAGUGUUGUUUACUUCUUGGGCUACACGGAGAAGGAAGAACUGACCAUUGGUGAGGGAAAGGUGGUAAUAGCCACUGACAAUCUUAUAAAACUGUCAACUGAUGGAAUAAUAUGGAGCCCUGGAUCUGCUGGAUUUGAUGUACAAGGAAAUCUUGCUUUCAUGAUCUGUGAUCCUAUGAAAUUAGCCACAUCUCCAAAUACCAAAUCUUCUUCGACUUCAUCUUCAUCCUCCACAUCAUUGAAGAAGGAUUCUCCUACGCAAUUUGGUAUCCCAAUUCCCAUCAUCUGUGAUUGGUUAAACCAGCAUUGGGAAGGCAACCUUGAUGAACUUACCAAACCCAAAUUACCAAUCAUUAGAUUGAUGUCCACGGGCCAGAAGAGUGAGCAUUCUUGUGCUUCCUUCACACUCCGUCCAGUUUUUAAGUCAACGGAUGUGGAUAAUGAUGGAACCCCUUCGUCAUCAAAUACAAUCUCUAAACCUGGGGACCAACAUGGACCGGGUUGUUCUGGAGUGGCAAACAUUGCAGAAGAAGAAAACAUAACCACUGAACCUCAAGCAGUCCACGUACAGGGAAUCUUGACUCCAGAAAUUUAUGAGUCACGAAAGCUGACUGCAGCUCCUAUUAGGAAAAAGGAAAGCUCCCAAGUUCAGCUUUUGGAUAUUAAUUUCCCCCCAAGGACCAAAGCUACCGUUCAACCACCACACAACCAGCUGCCCCCUAACUCUGAUGAGAAUUGUGUCAAGGAACUUCCUCUGCAGAGCCCUUCAGGUGGAGAUCAGAUCUCAGAUACAGGAAUUGAUUGUCCUGAAGCAGAUCCUGAGAUUGCAUCUACUGGUUCUGUAAAUGGGCCCCAAAGCGAGGUCCAGUCUAGUUCGUCACCACUGGAGGUUUCAGAGAUGCAUAAUGGAUAUAGCAGCGAGGAAGAAACCAUGUACUCUGCAGAAACUGCUGAGAGCCGAAACUAUCCAAGUCCUAGAGAGGGAAGAUUUCAGCACAUGGGAAGGAGCCAAAGUUGUGUGAGUCACAAUAGGUGGGGAAAUGCUGCCCAUAGGAAUCCAGCAGCCCGUCGGGCAAUACUAGAACAGCAGAGAAGCCUCAUCCAUGGAAGAAAGAUGCAUUCGCAAGGCGCAACGUCUCAAAGGAGUAACGACUACUUCAGUCCAACUGUGUCUUCAAGAAUGAAGAAGCGAAACAACUCGGAACAGCCAACCAAACCAAAGCAAAGUGCUGUUCAUUCUUCUCCAAGAUGGGUAUUCUGAUUAUUCUAGGUUCAUGAGAUAACCAAAAGGGAUCAAAAGAAAUCUCAUGUUUGUUUUGUUUGGAUGAUGUCCAUUCAAUUGCAUAUAGUGUCUAACUAAUUUAUUGAUACCAUGGGGAGACCAAAUCUAAGGUAAAUAAGAAAAAAAAUUCAAGAAUGGUAGCUUUGGUCAGGGGUUCAAGUGUAUAAUUUGUACACAAUUGAAUUCCUAGUUGACAGUGCUUAAAGGUUUGAUGGACAAUUACACUGGUUUAGAAAUC